UCUCGCGGUUGCCCGGGCAGUGCGCGGCUGGAACCACCAGCUGCUUCAUCCCAUGGCCAGGGGUGGCGUCCAGGUGGCAGAGCACCUAGGAACUCAAGGCCUGAACCCGGGGCCAGACCCCCUGCACUCCCCAUCAUGGUCAAUGGCCCACCAGUACCAGUACCUGCCUUACUGUGGGCCGUCCUGGCAGGCCGUGCCUGCAAGCUGCUACUGCAGUUUGGGGUGCUCUUCUGUACCAUCCUACUCCUGCUCUGGGUGUCUGUCUUCCUCUAUGGCUCCUUCUACUAUUCCUACAUGCCGACAGUCAGCCACCUCAGCCCCGUGCAUUUCUACUACAGGACCGACUGUGAUUCCUCCGCCUCCUUACUCUGCUCCUUCCCUGUUGCCAAUGUCUCACUGGCUAAGGGUGGACGUGAUCGGGUGCUGAUGUAUGGACAGCCGUACCGCGUUACCUUAGAGCUUGAGCUGCCAGAGUCUCCUGUGAAUCAAGAUUUGGGCAUGUUCUUGGUCACCAUUUCAUGCUACACCAGAGGCGGCCGAAUCAUCUCCACCUCUUCACGCUCCGUGAUGCUGCAUUACCGUUCAAACCUGCUCCAGAUGCUUGACACACUGGUCUUCUCUAGCCUCCUGCUGUUUGGCUUUGCAGAGCAGAAGCAGGUCCUGGAGGUGGAGCUGUACCUAGAAUACAGGGAGAACUCGUAUGUGCCGACCACCGGAGCCGUUAUCGAGAUCCACAGCAAGUGCGUCCAGCUGUACGGAGCCCACCUCUGCAUCCACGCCCACUUCACUGGGCUCAGGUACCUGCUGUACAACUUCCCGAUGACCUGCGCUUUCGUUGGUGUCGCCAGCAACUUCACCUUCCUCAGCGUCAUCGUGCUCUUCAGCUAUGUGCAGUGGGUGUGGCGGGGCAUCUGGCCCCGACACCGCCUCUCUCUGCAGGUAAACAUCCGAAACAGAGACAGGUCCCACAAGGAAGUCCAGCGGAGGAUCUCUGCCCAUCAGCCAGGCACAGGGCCCCAAGGCCAGGAGGAGUCCACUCAGCUGUCACCCAUUACAGAGGAUAGUGAGAGCCGUGCAGAUCCCUCGGAGCCAGAAGGCCAGCUGUCUGAGGAGGAGAAACGAGAUCAACAGCCCCUGAGUGGCGAGAAGGAGCUAGAGCCCGAGGCCAGUGACAGUUCAGGCUCCUGGGAAGAUGCAGCUCUGCUGACGGAGGCCAACCUGCCUGUUUCUGCCCCUGCCCUUGCCCCGGAGACCGUGGGCAGCUCUGAACCCUCCACAGGCACUGUCCGACAGCGCCCCAUUUGCUCUAGUUCCUGAAGAGAAUAGGGCAGAGUCCCCACACUCCAGCCCUCUCCCCCCCAAUCCCUUUCCCUUUCCGGGGCUCCCCCAAUAAACUCUUUUCAUGCCAGCUGCCUCCCUGACUCUGAACUGGAUUCAGGGCCAUUUGAAAACGUGAUGUUCCCCAGGCAUCCCCCACCUCGAUUGGAGGAGGUUGUCUUGUCAGGGGCUACCGAUGGGGAAGACCUCCAGACCCUGGACUAUUUCAGGCACAGCUGUUUCCAUUCAUCAGCCUAGGACGUCCAAGGAGCGAAAACCUGCCCACUCCAUCCAUGUGACUCUCAUCUCCCUCUGGGGAGGGGGAUAGCAUAGGGCGGGUCUGGAAAGCUGGGAUACAUCAUUCUGGCCUCCGUACCCCUCCCUUUCUCAGU